CAAUGCGGGUUCAAAGGGAGAAGCUAGCCCUGGUGAGGAAGAAAACGAAGCCACAAAAUUCCCUUUUGAGGAAAAAUCGGGGAGGAAAAGAAGAUACCGCAGUUCCACCGAGUCCAAACGGGGUCGAGUCAGUCUCCAGGAAAAUUACUUUCAGGAAUUAUAUUGUGCCUUCUGCAAUCAUUUUCUUCCUUCAACCUGAGGUCAGUCGAGUGUGGUGGUUGCAGCAAAAACCUCUUGCAAACCAAGACUUCUAGAUCUGGAGGAGGCUACAGCAACUGAAGAACUGCCUGUUACCCAGAGGCUUCCCCAAGAAGACAUGUUAUGGAAUAAAUGGAGUAGCUGCAAAAUAAUUGUAAUUCUUGGAAAGGGAAUUUGUAGCAAUUACUACAAAAUGGAUUUUCUAGUAAUUUUUUAAUGUGUUUUCCCUCAAUGAUGGGUUUGCUCCAGAUCCUUCUCUUUUUUUGGUUCAGCAGGUGAAAUCAUAAGGAGUUACUACCUUCCACAAGUCCCUUCCCUAGGCUCUUGCUUAAUUCCAGUUCAGAGGCAGAGGGUUGGCAUGUACCAAGAAUGCCUCUGGGCCUUAGUGAGGUCUUGGCAGUUUCUGCCUGGUGCUUGUUGGGUUGAAGCACUGAGGCCUGAACAGCAGGCCCUGAGCAAAGCUGACCUCUCAAUGAACCUUCCAGCCAAAUGUUGUGUGUAUCCACUCCUAUCAACCAAUACCAUUAGCAAUAGGAGAGAUGUAUCUGUUCAUUCUCAAAACAUGUGUUCACCUUUCCCUAUUUAGGAACCAGAUAAGGCUGGAUGUGCAGAACUGUUGGAACAUUCCCAGCAAAUGUUCUGAGUGUGAUGGGCUUGCAAUGUUCUGCCUUCAGCCCAACAGCUUCACCUCCCUGUUGCAUUUAUUUGUGACUCACUCAUGCUGCAGUAGAGACUUGUGUUUCCCAAAACACACAAUUCUAUGGUAAUAUUCAAGAAAUUUGAUGUUCUCAAGGCUCUCUUCUCCCUGCAAACCCUCUGCUCUGAGGGCUCUGAGUAAGACCAGGCUUGUGUUCAUUAAAUGUGAAGUCUUGGCUUUUGCCAAGGUCAGAUUGAAGCUUUUCAUUUUAUUGCAGACAAAUAAGUGGGUGUGAGCUUCUCUCCAGGCAGCUGUGUGAGCAGGUCUCUGCCUUCUUUCCUAAACAGAACUCUUUGCUAACAGCCACCCCUAAAGGAGCUGCAGUAAUGGUGCUUGCUUUGUCCUUGGGGUUUUAGCAAAAACACCAAGCUGUGCUCUGAGUGGACUCCUGUGGUGCAAAACUGGAGCUCUGGGGUCUUGUAAAGUCAGUGACUAUGUCUGAUGCUAGACACAGCUUGCAAAUUAUCCCUCUCUAGGAUUCUUCCUAAAGAGCACAGAAGAGAUCCCUUGCUGGAGACAGAGUCAGGGGUACAUGAUGCACUCAGGGACUCCUGCCAAGGAAGGAGAGCUGCAGAGUCCCUAAACAGCCUUCCUCCCACCAUGCCAAAAACUGCUCUGCAGGCUCCUGUUCUUUAUAAGCUCCUUUAAUUUUGACUUCUCGUGUCUGAGGGUCCACUAGAAAGCUUGAAUUCUGCUGCUACCUCUUGCAGUGGGAUGUUUGUUUGCUCUCCAAGGGCCCCUGAAGGAUGUAGGUAAAUGAACUUGUGUUAUUGAUUUUCCACAAUUACAGUCAGUGAAUAGCCUCCCAGUGCUGCAGGACAGGGAAGACUUAAUUAAGGGAAGAUUGCUGGCCUGAGAUAGAUUCUCUCCAUGCAAACCCUGCUUCUGAGAGUAGCAGAAUACUGGAUGGGAUGCCUGGGACAUCCCUGAGCUCUGCAAAGGCCUUUGCAGGGAGGAGGAGAAUGCUGUAGGUUGAGGCUGGAUAUUACGGAAAUGAGAGCUUUGGGCUAGCAUGUGGAGAAGUGAAAUUUGUGGAAGGGUCAGGGAAGACCAUGGCUGACACCUGUUCAGUUUUGUAAACUGAGUAGGCAAACAGGUGGAGUAAGAUGGGCUGGUGCAGUGGGAAGUAAAUGUUGAUGAGCUUAAGAGCAGAAUGGGGCUUUCUCCCCCAGUAUCCUAAUUUCCUGUGCAGUGUUUUGUACUGGAGGUAAAUACAGGUGGGAACUGGCUGCAUCCACCUCCAGGUGUGGUACAAGUUGCUUUCUUCUUGUUACUCUGCUACUGAAGUGUACCGUGAGAUGAGCACAUUGUUUGUGUGCCACUGCUCCUCAUGCUCUUCCUUUCCUGUUAAUGACCUGUCUUGGAAAGUCUUGUCCUUUUCCCAGCAGUGAGGAAUGGCACGGUUCAGCCAGCCCAGGGCAGCAGUGACUUGGCACUGCAGGAAUGUGUGGGAUGUUUAAAUGUGAUCCUGCUUGCAGCACUCACUGCGCUGCUUGGAAAUAUGCUGAAAGCCAUCAGUGCUGUAAACACAGCACACUGCCCAGUGAGCAGUUAAUUAUAGGCCUAACCAUGUCUUGGUGAAUGGACAGAUAGUUUCUUGGGCUUUGGGGUUUUUUUGCACAAGACCUCACCACUUUUAUGGCUUUGUGGCAUCUGUGGCCACUUCUCUGUGCCAUAGUCCACUGCCCUCUGACUUUUGCAGAUCAAGCUGCAGUCAUGCUGAGAGCUGUCAGGAGUCCUUGGCCUCGUGGUUUUGGCUCAAAGUGGGACACCAGAUAUGUCCCUGUACACACACUCAGCAGUUCUACUCUCUAGGGUGGUAAGAAAAUAUUGGCUUUGUGGUCUUAAUGGUAUCGUUAAUCCUUUCCGGAUUGCCAGCGUUCUGAGGCAGAGCAGCCACAGGAGCAGUGGGAUGGGCUGGCAUCUGCAGAGCUGGGAGUUCAUUGCUGAUGUGCAGUGUCACAGCUCUUCACUAGAGGACAGCAUUACACAUGGCAAAGUAAUUCUCCUGCAACAAUGCUGGGAGAGAUCUCUUACAGAUUUUUCUGUGCCAGGAGUAAGCUGGGGUAGAGGUUUUAGUAAUUUGCUGGAGGUCAGGAGGGAGGUUUAAUGGUGUGGCUUAAAUCAGUGUCUGGAAACCUUGUCUGAAGGAUGAUGCUGCCUGCCUUGCUGCUGCAUGCACCCUGGGGGGGUACAGGCUGCUGGAUAGGUAGUAGAGGGAGAGAAGGAAGAAUACUAAAUUUUUAAAAAUGAAAUGUUUGCAUAUUGAAACUGUUGUAGCAAGUAGUGUGUUGUCUGGCAGGGAAGGUAUGGGAGGAAAGCAACGAGACAGAGGGGUGUGGGAUGAGUGUACACUGGGUGAUGGGCCUUCUAGGAGAGAGAAAUGAAGGAUUCUUUGAAUAAACAAAUAGUGCUCAAGUGCUGCUGUUCGUGCCUGCUCUGAUGUUGGAGCUCUCUGCAGAGGGCAGUACUGCUGUUCUGUCCUAUCAGGGCUCCAUCAGCCAUCUCUGCAUGCAAGGGACAGAGGCUCCUACAGAGCAAGGAGUGUGAAGUGGAAGAUAAGGAGGCUGGGUUGGGCAAGAGAAAGGGAGCUGCAGCUUUUGUGACAACCUCUGUGCAAGUGGGGCUUUGGCCCUUGCUGUUGGGCAUCAUGUGGCCUUGCAACCAACUUGGGCACUGCUCUUCAUGCUGCUUGUGUUUGGUUGGGUCUUAAUUAUGAUUUCAUUAUUCAUUGAAUUAAGAUUUUAUUCCUUACGGGAAGCUGACCUUGAGCAACCUGUGACUUAAGCUGUGGCAGGAUUCUUGCUUACUUCGUUGAUGAGGCAGAGAAAGCUGGUGAAUAUCCGGGUGUGAGAGAAGGACAGAAGCAGCCUGUCAGUGAGGCCCUGGCAGGAAGCACACUUGCUUCACAAAGCUCUGAUAACUGAUAGUACCAGUCAAGCCACGGGAUCCAGUAGCUAUGACUGAUCUCACCUGCCCUUAGCAGUUCCAGGUGGCAAAGCUCAUCCCACCUCUCACUGCUUUGCAGCUGUGACCUUCAGGGCCUUCCUGCAGUGCUGUCAGUGUUCCAGAGGCUGGGAGGACUGCAGCACCCCUGAGUAAGAUUAAUGCACUCUAUUCUCUCCAUUGCUGCUCUCUAAUUUAAAGGGGAGCAAACGUGAAGCUGCUCUGGCCUUGCAGAAGAGAUCAGGCAAGUGUAGAGAACUUUCAUUCCUCACUGCACCCUUUGUCAUCUUCUGCUUCUCUGCUUGGGAGUAGCCACUUUUCCUGAGUGUGGGAUCCUGGUGACACUGGCUUGGCUGGGCCUGGAAUAUCCCAGUGACCCUAAGGAAAGAGCCAACUGCCUUCUGUUGGAUAGCUAAUUCCUGUAAGUGCAAGAUUGAUAAGUGCAGAAAAUGCCAUGGUAGCUGGAAAUGUGGAAGCUCUCUUAUUCCCAGGGUUUUUUUUUUGGCAGGUAAACCCCUUGAAAGACAAAGGAUGUUGUGUUUGCUCCGGGUUCUCUUAUCCUGCAGCAGGGAGCUCUGAUUCCUGCCUUUGUUUUACAGUUGGAGCACUUGCUAGAGUCCCACUUAAUCUCUCCUGCUCAUGCCACUAGCACCUGAGAAUGCCCUUAGGAUUCCUUCAGUGACCAUUCCCCAGCUGUCCAGGCUGCUCCAAAGUGCCAGACUUAUCACAUCAGGGCGGGGAAGAAAGGAAGGAACAAAACGUGCAGCUGGCUCCCCUUAUGGGGGGGGGGGGGUGGUUGUUCUCCUGCUUUUUUCUGUGCCACUUUUGCCAGCAGCUAGUCCCUUUUGAGCAAUGGCAACCUUGGCUUUGAUAGGAGAUGAGGAUGACAUCCCACCGUGUGCCUGGGAAUCCACAGCAAUCAGAGCACAGUUAUUUCCACUGUGAUUAGUUGUGGGGCUCUGCCUCUGACUAAAAUUGAUCUUGGCCAUGUCAUGCCUUUUCAUAAACUGCUCUCCACGUUAGCCAGUGCCCAUCAGGAGCUCCUUUUCUUCUCUGCUGCCCACAUGGAAUUCCUUUGUUCCCAUGAGCAGAGACUCGUUUUGGCACUGUUUGCCUUUAACCUGUUCUGCUUUUGGUCACUUCCCUGCUGCUUUGUCACUAUAAUCCCCACCUUGCCCACCUCUCCUGUCCUGUGUCCCAUGUAUCUGCCACAGAGCCAAGUGAGUCUGUGGAACAGCGCAGUUCCUGGGACUCUGGGAAUGUUUUAUUUCAUCUGGGGAAUUUCCAGCUGCCCUGCUGGUCUGUCUCACUUUGAGGAUGACAUUCAGAAGAGCCCAUAAGAGAAAGGAAAACUGUUUAAGACUGGACAGUGCAGUGAGUGGCCCCAGAAAUGGAAUCUGUCCAGAGCAAGGAAGGAGUUUGUUUCCUGGGACAUCUGGCCUCUUGCAUGAAGGGGGCAGUCUGCGUGUAGCCAGAGCUGAGCUGCUCCGUAACCGCAGCUGCUGAAGCAGUUGGAGCAUUUCUGGCAAUGCCUGUACUUCGUCAAGAGAGCAUUUAAGGAAGUUGAGUUGCGGAAGUUCACCGAGCCGGGUGCCUCACCAGCACAGCUCCAAGGAGUGGAUCCCUCCCGGAGGGCCGGUGGGUGUUCGUGCCCACCAGCACCCCAGCCAUCGCCAGCCUGCCUCUGGGUGACCUUGGGUGAGGCUCUGCUUGCCUGGAGAGCUGUUGAUUUACAAUGCAGAUUCAGCGCUCCUCGCCUGCCUGUCCCUGCCCCUCCUAAAUUGGGCUGGGAUAUAAGAGGUUGUUUGCUCUCCGAUGCCAACAGUGGCCAUGGCAGAACGCCCUGCCACGUGAGAGGCAGAGAUAGAGGAGAGGGGGCUAAGGAGGAGUGAACUGUGCAGUUGCUCGUGCUUCUGGUAGCUGAGGAGCACAUCUGCAGGACCAUGUCUGUGCUGAACCCUGUCCUGCAGCCCACGGAGGUGAAGGACUACCUGUGCAAGGGCGACCGCUUCAUCAAAUGGGAUGAUGAAACAUCAAAUGCUUCUCCUGUGAUUCUCCGAGUGGAUCCCCAGGGUUUUUAUGUGUACUGGACCUACCAGAGCACGGAAAGAGAAAUUCUGGAUAUCACCAGCAUCCGAGACACCCGAACAGGGCGAUUUGCCAAAAUGCCCAAGUCCCUGAAGCUCCGAGAGGUUUUUAACUUGGAUCACCCUUACAGCACCUUCCUGCUGAAGAACCUGACAAUUGUAUCUGGCUCUGACAUGGUUGACCUCACUUUCCAUAACUUUGUGUCCUACAAGGAGAGUAUUUGCAAGGACUGGGCUGAGGAUAUAAUGGCCAUUGCCCGGAACCCCCUCACGUACAACGCUCCCCGCUACACCUUCCUGGAGAAAAUUCUGGUGAAGCUGAAGUUGCAACUGAAUGAAGAGGGAAAGAUUCCUGUCCGGAAUAUUUUUCAGAUGUUCCCUGCAGACAAGAAGAGGGUGGAAGAAGCAUUAAGUGCUUGUCAUCUGCCAAAUGGCAAGAAUGACGCCAUCAACCCCGAGGACUUCCCCGAGCCGGUGUACAAGACGUUCCUCAUGAAUCUGUGUCCACGGCCCGAGAUUGAUGAGAUAUUUACUUCACACCAUCUAAAAGCAAAGCCCUACAUGACCAAAGAUCACUUGGCAAAGUUCAUCAACAAGAAGCAGCGUGACACUCGCCUCAAUGACAUCCUCUUCCCACCAGCCAAACCUGAUCAGGUGCAGAGCCUGAUAGAGAAGUAUGAACCCAGUGGGUUUAACAUCCAGAGAGGGCAGCUGUCUCCAGAGGGGAUGGUCUGGUUCCUCUGUGGACCUGAGAACAACCUGAUAGUGCUGGACAAGCUGAUGCUGUACCAGGACAUGACCCAGCCACUCUCGCACUACUACAUCAAUUCCUCACACAACACCUAUCUGACAGCCGGGCAGUUUUCUGGGACGUCCUCUCCCGAAAUGUACCGGCAGACGCUGCUGGCCGGCUGCCGCUGCGUGGAGCUGGACUGCUGGAAGGGCCGGCCCCCGGAGGAGGAGCCCAUCAUCACCCACGGCUUCACCAUGACAACUGAGAUCCUCUUCAAGGAUGCCAUCGAGGCCAUUGCAGAAAGUGCUUUUAAAACAUCUCCAUACCCUGUGAUCCUGUCCUUCGAGAACCACGUGGACUCGCCCAAGCAGCAGGCAAAGAUGGCCGAGUACUGCCGAACAAUUUUUGGAGACAUGCUGCUGACAGAGCCACUGGAGAAAUACCCGCUGAAGCCAGGAGUUCCUCUGCCAAGUCCUAAGGAUCUCUUAAGGAAAAUCUUGAUUAAAAACAAAAAGAACCAAUCAAUGUCUGGGAAGAGGCAGAACUCUUUGAAGAAAGGGAGGAACGUGGAACCAGAAACCACUGAACAGCCAGCCUCUGUGGAUGCUGAAGAUACUGUCUGGGCAGGUGAUGUUGCUGAAGAGGAGCCAGAGGAAGAGGAUGAACAGCUCAGAAAUCUGGAUGAAGAGGAAAUUAAAAAGAUGCAGUCAGAUGAGGGCACGGCUGGCCUGGAAGUGACAGCGUACGAGGAGAUGUCCAGCCUGGUUAACUACAUACAGCCCAUCAAAUUCAACUCCUUCGAGGUCUCUGCCAAGAAGAACCGGAGUUACGUCAUCUCCUCCUUCACCGAGACCAAGGCUUGCGAUCUACUGAGCAAGUUCCCCAUGCAGUUUGUGGAAUACAACAAGUGGCAGAUGAGCCGCAUUUACCCCAAAGGCACCCGGAUGGACUCCUCCAAUUACCAGCCCCAGAUGUUCUGGAAUGUCGGCUGUCAGAUGGUGGCACUCAACUUCCAGACCAUGGAUGUCCCCAUGCAGCAGAACAUGGCCCUGUUUGAGUUCAACGGGCAGUGUGGGUACCUGCUCAAGCACGAGUUCAUGCGGCGCCCCGACAAGCAGCUCGACCCCUUCUCCGUGGACCGCAUCGACGGGCUGGUGGCCACUACUGUCUGUGUCACGGUACUCUCUGGUCAGUUCCUCUCAGACCGCAGCGUGAAGACCUACGUGGAAGUGGAGCUCCUUGGGCUGCCAAGGGAUGCCAAACGCAAACACAGAACCAAACUGACCUCCACGGCCAACUCCAUUAACCCUGUGUGGAAAGAGGAGGCUUUUGUUUUUGAAAAGAUCAUGAUGCCUGAGUUGGCAUCUCUCAAAAUGGUGGCUUGGGAGGAAGGAGGGAAGUUCAUUGGCCAGCGUAUCAUUCCCAUCAUCGCAAUGCACCCAGGUUACCACCACGUGUGCCUGCGCAGCGAGAGCAACAUGCCGCUCACCAUGCCCGCCCUCUUCGUGUUCCUGGAGAUCAAGGACUACGUGCCAGAUGCUUGGGCAGAUCUCACUAUUGCCCUCUCCAACCCUAUCAAGUUCUUCAACCUGCAGGACAAGCGCUUGGUGAAGCACAAGGAUACCUCAGGGGAGAGGCCUGGCACACAGACAAACCCCUCAUCUGCUGAGACUAAUGGGGUGGCAGGGUCCACUGGGAAGCCCAGCAUUCCUCCCUCUAACGGGUCCACAGGAGCAGCAGUGUUCACCAAGGAUGAAGCCGUGUUAGAAGUAAUGCAGAUGGCAGAGCCUGAGACAAUCACCCUUGCUGAGCUGCAGCAGAAGAAGCGCUUCCUGAAGCUGCUGAAGAGGCAGGAGAAGGAGCUGAGGGAGCUGGAGUGGAAGGGAAGCAAACAGAGGGAGGAGCUGCUGCAGAAAUACUCCGGGCUCUUUUCGGAGCUGGCCUGCCCUGGGGGCAAGAAAAGGACAAUACGAACAAGGAAAACACAGAAGAAGAGGAGUGUGACCCCCAGCGAUGCUGGUACCAGUGCACAUCCUGUAAAAGCAGCAGACAGCAUCGAUUGCCACUGGCUCGUGGAGCUGAGGGAGAGGCUGGAGAUGGACCUCAUCCACCUUGGGGAGGAGCACCACAACCGGAUCCGAAGGAAGAAAGAGCAGCACGCUACCGAGCAAGUUGCCAGGAUCCUGGAGCUGGCCAGGGAGAAGCAGGCAGCUGAGCUGCGGGUGCUGAGGGACACGUCGGAAAGCAACAUUAAAGACAUUAAGAAGCGGAUGGAGGCAAAGAGAGUGGAGCGGGUGCAGGCCAUGCUGAGGAACACCAGUGACAAGGCUGCUCAGGAGAGGUUGAAGAAAGAAAUUAACAAUUCCCACAUUCAGGAAGUGGUGCAGACAGUGAAACGGGUGACAGAGAGGACUGGCAGGUUCCAGCAGAAACUGGAGGAGAAGCAGGCAGCAAAUCUUCAGUCCAUCAAGGAGAGAGAAAGCCAGCUCCAGCAGCAGGUACGGGUGGAAUAUGAGGAGAAGUUGAGAGCUCUGAACAUGGAGGUUCAGGAGAUGGUGAGGAACUACACCAAAGCCAGCUUUCCUGGAGAACCACAGACUGGGAAAGAAGGAGGUCAGAGCAUUCCUGAGGGAGAACAAGGCUCUACAGACCAACUGGAAGGAAAUAUCCCAGUGGCAGAGGUGUCCAGGCUUACACUGGCAGUGACUCAGCCCUUGGGAGCUGGAAUGGAUGUGGAGAUAGAAGAGAGCAUAUUCUGAGAUGAGGCCCUUCCUUACUGUUCAUUGCAAGAAGGUGUAUGGUGAAGUAACAACCAGCUUCACAAACUACUGCCAUCCCUUUCCAUUCUGGGGAGCUCCUGAAAUCCUUCUGGAAUGUACUACAUUAUCCCAGAUAUCUGGAAGCAGUCUGGAGAGUUCACCCUUCAGAGUACUUCACUCUCUGUCUUCCCAGUCUGAGCUCUGAGGUAUUUUAGCAGUGGGAAAGGGCCUGUGCCUGCAGACCAACUCCCUGUUGGCAUCACAGCAGCAGCUACAGGAAUAUUUACUUUGCAUUCAGAUCAGUUUUUAGAGUCAGUUCCCUCAUCAUUCCUCACAUGCAUCUCUUCACAUCAGUCCAACUCUUCCUAACAUCUUCCACACGGUUCAAAGAAACAGCAAUAAACAAAGCUAAACACUGAUACAAAGACACCACGGGUGGGGAUAGGGGUGGGAAGUGUGCUCAACCACAGCAAACCACACCAUGCUGUGUGUCUUACAGGAAAACAGUUACACCUGAAGCUGCAUUAAUAAACAAUUACAAAUGCUGCUAUAAAAACCAAACCCCAGGUCAAGCAGGUAACAAACAGCAUGUUCCAAGUCUAGUCUGCACACCCAACAAGAGUCCACAUCUCCCCUGUGGUGUCACCAGAGUACUGGAAUUACGGACUGUACAUUUCUGAGCUAUUUAUUUUCUAAAAAAAAAUAAAACCUAGCAGUUCUU